GGGACCCUGCUGGUGGCCGUGGCCGCCUCGAUGGUGGCCGGGGGUGAAGACUGCCUGUGGUACGUGGACAGAAACGGGUCAUGGCACCCUGGCUUCGACUGCGAGUUCUUCACCUUCUGCUGCGGCACGUGCCACCAGCGGUACUGCUGCCGAGACCCUCUGCGCCUGCUCACCGAGCGCCAGCAGCGCCACUGCCUUGCCUUCAGCCCUAAGACCAUCGCGGGCAUCGCCUCAGCCGUGGUGCUUUUCAUCGCCAUCGUCACCACCAUCGUCUGCUGCUUCAUGUGCUCCUGCUGCUACUUGUACCAGCGCCGGCAGCACUCCCGCACCCCCCUGCAAGGCCCGGAAAUCCCCCUGUCCAGCUAUCCCCCUGCAGCUCCUCCAGCUCCCGUCCCCGUGGACCCCAAAGCCGGCCCUACGCCUCCCCAGCCUGGCUUCACCCCCAUGGCCAUGUACCCCCCGCCCGGCCCCGCCGCCCAGUACCCCAUGUACCCCUCCGGCCCCCCUGUCUACUACCCCACAGCACCACCACCACCCUACGUCCCGGCACAGCCCAGCUACCCUGGAGCAUAA